AUGGACCCAAUUUCCGCAACCACAACGCUUAUUACUCUAGCAAGCUUCAUGAAGGAGCUUGUGGAGAUUGGCCAUGCUAUUGCGGCCUCAAUCGAAAAGGUCAACGAAAAUCGGAGGCAAAUACGCGAUCUCACACACGAAAUACUCCAUACUCUUUCCGACCUUGCGAACCUCACCCGGGGUAAGCAAGAGUUCCAAACACCGGCUUUAUUGAGUGCGCUAGGUAAUCUCAAGGCUGAUAUGCUCCAUGUCCUCGAAAUCUGUCGAUACAUUUCACCAGUCGAAAGUAAACCUGGGUUCCGGGGACUGAGGUCGCAUGUGAAGGAGUGGGUCAAACGAGAUGAUAUCGAAACAGAAAUCCGUAGGCUGAAGGAGCAUACCAACAAAUGCUUCGUCACCUUUACGGCAUUUUCGUCCGCCCGAGUAGAGCAUGCCACAGCUCAUCUUGUUGAUGCGUUGAGCGAAACGCAAGACACGACCCUGCGGAUAGAACAACAACUCAUCGUCAACAAUGUUGAAGGCCAGGUCAAGCUCCGCAGACUGGAAAGUAUGAUGGCGAGGAUCCUCGUUGAAACACCAUUCGGGCAGGGUGUUCUUGAGCGUACCAUUCAAGUUAUCGCUCUGGAUCCCGUCCAUGAGAGUCUCGAGGCCCAGUAUCUUUCCGCUCAAUCAUUACGCCUCCUUCCGCUGGUUCAGACCGCCGUCAAUCGCGGAAGACCUAUCCUCGAUGCAUCGUUAUGGCAUUCUGUAAUGGGAGCCCAUCCCAUCCAGGCAACCACCUCCGACCAUGUGCUCUACACAAUCCUCGGCGUUAUUCUCCAACUUCAGAGCGAUACCUGGGAUAUGGGCGUCAUGAAUGAUUGCAUUCUUCGUCUAGGCAGCAGACUCCGCCGACUUGGAAUGAAUUCCGAGUCCGUUGCUUGGGAGCUGUUUGCUUGCCAGAGUUUGCAUCGAGUAGAGGACGAACAUGUGGCCGUUGUUGCGCCUCGGUUGGCUCAUGCCUACUUUCGGCUUUCUCAAGCAUAUCGAGAGCAACUGCAAUUCCCAGAAGCAGCGCGUGCGACGCAACAGUCGGUAGAGUUGUGGCGUCACAACCUGGACACCAUCGAUCCGUUUAACAACCAGACUUGGUUUUUCGAUGCUCUGACACUCCAUAUGACCAACCUACGCGACACCAACCAGGACGAGCUCAUUUUACCUAUUGGAGAGGAAUUCGUUCGGGCCGCCCGACAACAGCUUGGUCAUACUCUGAAACAAUUCUCCACCAACGAUCGCGCUUGGACCUACGAAGACAAGUCACUUGCCCGACAAUGCUGUGACGCGUUUUUUCAAUAUGCCGAUAGCCUCGCUUCCGCCAAGUGUCCAUUCGAUGCUUGUGAGAUUAUACUAGAGGGCUUUGAGGUUUUUCUACAGCUGCCUCGUCACAUUACACGCGGCGUUCGUACGGGCCCACCCAUAGAUCGGCUUCUUGAUCAGCUCUCUGUGUUGAGUGAGACGAACAAGUUUAGUCCCCACCUGCUGUCCAAAAGCGUCAAUACCUUUCGCGCACUUUGCAAACAUUCCGCUAGCACAUUUUCACUCCAAUUUCUCCGCCUCUUGCAUGCUCAAGUCUACACAAGUGUGGCCGAACCAUCUCCAGACUCUUCGCUGCCGUACCUAAGAGCAAUCUUGGAACCCACACGGGAAAAUCCCAUACCAUCCAUAUUGUUUGACAACAAAUCGAUCUACUUACCCUUGGGAGAGGUCGUUGAAGAUGCAAUAUUCGCAUUUUACACGCGUCCAAACAAGGCCGCGUUUGUCCUCAUCCAUAAUCUCUUCCUCGCUCACCCUCAAGUUGCAAUCCCUGCAUUCCGCCAUAUCAUACGACAAAUCAAUUCGCUGUCCAGCCGUGAUCCAGAUGUUGUUGACUGGGUCCUGUAUUCGCUCGACAUUUUCAUCAAUGACCCUAUCAAUCCGUCUGAGCGGCGGGAGCUGCUUGAACUCAUGAAAAUGGUGUGGUCGUUCUAUACCCCCCAACGCGAAAACAUUUCCCUGGGGAAUUGCAGUGAAUCGUGGCAGCAUGGACUUUAUAUUGAUACAGCCGGCAUAUUCAACCGUUUCAUGGAUGCACUCCCGACGGUUACUGACUGGGAUGAGGCACCUUCUUUUGCCCUCAUUGUUAAAGCCGCGACUUUAUGGGAUGCAGGUCGUAUUCAAGAAACUCUUGUGACCCUCACAGAGAUCGAACAAUGUGUUGCGUUGCCGAGCCAAGUCCUCCUUGAGGAGCAGCGAGCCCAUGAUUGGUACUCGUUAUACUGUCGGAUAAGAUGCGAGGCACUGGGGCGUACUAAGCAGGUGCACGAUGCUCUGUCGUUCCUGAACACCAUCCUCUCGGAUCAAGUCGCUCAACCGGCGUGGGCCGGUACCGAGUCUCAAAACGAUCUCCAUUACAUCGUGGUUUACUUGGAGCGCCUGGCAUUGAAGCGGGGAAUGGGAGAGCUCCGUGCAGCUCUCACUGGUGUCGAGUCUGUUGUUCAAGUAUGUCGACUCGCCCCGGUUGCGGAUGACAUCGGCAACGGCUAUCGUCUUUGCGCUUUAGUGCAUGCCCUUGUCGCGCUCGGGAAAUGUCUCGAUUGUUUUGGCCGAAACACAGAGGCUUUGACGGCUUGCGAAGAGGCCGUGGAAAUCUGUCACGGAACCGACCUCAAAACAUGGGAUUCCAUUAUGCGGACGCGAUGCAAGAAAGAAGUUAGCCCUCUUGCAUACGAAGCGCUAUCCUCUCAACUUGCGAAAGCAAAUCGCUUCGAGGCUCUAUUUUACGCCCAGGAUGCGGUCACAGCAUACCGAGAACUGGCCGCCCUAUCUCCCGGAUACCUGCCCAUUCUUGCCCAAUCUCUCUUGAAUUUGGCUCGAAUUCUGGCGGAGGAUGAUGGCAUCGUCGACAGCGUUGUCACCUGUGCUGCCGCUGUGGAGAUUUUGCGCGAGACUUCCUCCAAAGAAGAGUCUCUCCUUCCUUUCCUGACGAGCGCUAUGGAUCAACUGGCCCAACAUCGCGCACAAGUCCAACAAAUAGCGCCUUCAGACAGCGAAACUUUGGCAUCGCAGCCUAUCGAAUCAGACAUCUCAUGUGGAGAGAGUGACACUUCAACUUUGGUCGGCUGCGAGGGCGUGCUGAAGGCUGAUUCACAAUUGCCCGACUCUACCACACCGGUGUCACUGGUCUUAAUCGACGCUGGAGAGGUUGUUAACGUUGUUGAUAAGAGCCAGGUGGACAAACCUAACCUGUCAAUUUCCGAACCUCCCUCUUCAAGUCAGUCGGAGCCGACCGACGAACCUAUACACGAUGAUGUCGUCGAUCCCAGACCAAAAACAUGGGUAGAGCAGACUCAAGCCCUUCAAAUGAAGUCAUGGCGUGUCGAAGCACUGUGGUGGGCGUUGUUAGGUGGGCUUGGUGGACUGGUUAUUGUUUUGAGUCUUUGCCUUGCGGUGAUACUACAGCGCACUCACGAAAUUCCUUUCCGCUCACUGCAUGCAUAA